AUGGGCACCACAACUUUUCCAUCUGAAGGGAGACAUGGCGAGGAUCCGAACGUCUUGCCUGCGCCAUGCUUCAGUGAUGUCCUGGAGGCGCAGCGAUGGGCAGUGCAAGUGGUUAGACAUGCGGAGGCAGAGGCUUGUCGCCGCGGCAUGCGUGGAUCACCCGCUUGGGAAGAUGCCUGGCGCGAUGCGCUGUGGACCUUAGCGGUACAAAAACGCUGCGUGGAGGUCGAGGCGCGAAAGUGCUGUGCAGCCAAGCGCCCUGGGGAUGUUCCACCGCCACCACCGCGCUUGCCGCCUGAUUUGGAGGCCAUGGCAGCCAUACGUGAUCAGACUGCCCUAGAGAUGCGAUGUCUGGAGAUGCGUCAGCGCGUGGACGGAUUGGAGGAACGGUUGCAACUUCUGAGCCAACAAUUGGAGGCGUUGUUGGACUCGCAUGCAGUGGCGCCAACCUCUGCUGAAGCCACAGCACAUGUGGCUCUACAGCCUGGUUCUGGACCUCUACCUGCAGGACUAUCCUCCCCCGUCCCCUCCGCUCCUCGCCGCUCCGGCCGAGUGCCCUCGCCGCCCACGGGCGCCGCCCCGGAGCUCUCGGGGCUCAGCUUCCUCAGCGACGACCGCGACGAGCGCAUCGAGGACUUGCAGCGACAGCUGCAGCGGGCUGAGGCGGAACGAAUCGACGCUUCCCGUCGGCUGGUGUCAUUGGAAGGGGAACUCGCAAUGCUCCAGGAGUCUUUGAGAAGCUCUGAAGCGAAGCUGCAGGAGUCCUACCGAAAGUUGGAAGAGCCACUCAGAUCAGCGGAUCGGGGGAGACUGAAAGCACUUGGCGUCAACGUCACUCUGCCCUGCAGCGGCAACUGCAGCGCACUGAGCGGCAGCUCUCGGUUUCGGCAGCGCUGUGACAAAGAAAUCAAGGAACAGGUCAUGGGCGCGUCCCGCGCGUUUUGUCAGAAGUUUGGGGAUGGCUUUGAGAAGCCAUGGGAAUGGAAGAUUCUGGAAGCUGGACACAGUGCCCGUGCUGCUACCUAUGGCUUUGUGGCUGAGCUGCCCAAGCACAUCUAUGGCGAUCGGCCAGAGUCGAAGCGAACGCCUUUCUGUGUGCGCCUACUUUCUCCUGAUCUCAUUGCGUCCGAGGAUACGAAGUCCUGGGAGCUUGAGUACAGUUUGAGAGAGAUCCGCACGGCCACCAUUCGCCAGGCUGUUGAGGCUGACUUGGAAGGUCUACGAAAAUCCAUCUCGAAUGGCAAGUGGGAUGACCUGACAUGA